AUGAAUCCCAAACCACAAUCUCGACACUCCAGUGCGCGAGCGAAUGAAACCGCCGCACAACACACUACUGCCCAGUCGACACCUCCCGCUCGACAAGCGCAGUCAAGCUCCGAUUCCAGCGAGCAACCGUGCUGUUCCAAACAAGCACAAAUACAAUCAUUGCAUACCGAAAAUUAUAGCAAAAUUCUCCUUCCAACUGCCAUGGUCGCAGUUGAACACGAGGGGGAAUUGUUUCAACUUAGAGCCUUGAUUGAUCAAGGCUCACAAAGAACUUUCAUUUCCUCGAAAGUUCAAAAACGAUUGAAACUACCAUUCGAACAUUCCAAGUUCGAAAUUUCCGGCAUGGGUGGGCAUGUAGUACAAAGCUCCUCAAAGCUUUGUCCACUCACAUUGGUUGCACCCAAGACCAUGCAACGGAUAAACACACAGGCUAUCGUGUUACCUCAGCUCACGAGGCACAUGCCUACGUUCAUCAUUAGCCGUGAAAACUGGCAGCUAUUCAAGAUCCUUGAACUUGCUGACCCAAGCUGUCACUUACCAGCUCAAACUGAUAUGGUAAUCGGCAGCGAUAUACUUCCACAAAUCCUGCUGGAAGGUAUAAAAACGAUUUGCGACACUAUACUUGCGCAAAAAACAAUAUUUGGCUGGAUUCUCAGUGGUCCAAUAACCGAAAAUGUGGUGUCAUUCUCGACACAAGUAGAAGAGUGCUCGAAUACAACUCUGAGCUCUCAGCUUAGAAAGUUUUGGGAAGAGGAGGAGAUUCCACAACCUCCACAAAUUUCCCCUGAAGAUCAGGCAUGUGAGCAUAUAUAUGCAACAACAACGACUCGUGCCCCAAACGGUCGAUACAUUGUGCGACUUCCAUUCAAGGAAGAAUUUCCAAAAAAGCUAGCUCUGGGCCACUCUCGGUCUGCUGCACUUCAGCAGUUUUUCAGUAUGGAGCGAUCGCUUCAGAAAAAAGGAAACUUAGCCACAAUGUACAAUAAUGUGUUGCAAGAGUAUCUCGACCUCGGUCAUAUGGAGCACACGAAGCCAUGCGAGAUAAUUUCCAAUGGCAAAUACUUCUCUUUCUACUUGUCACAUCAUGCGGUCGUCAAACCAGAUAAGGUGACCACCAAAGUUCGCGUGGUAUUCAACGCCUCAAAAACAUCUGGUUCAGGAAAUUCCCUGAAUGACGUGUUGCACACUGGUCCCACACUCCAGCCAGAUCUCAUGCUGCCCAUUUUGCAGUGGCGAAUGCACAGAUUCGUGUUCAAUGGCGACAUUGAAAAAAUGUAUCGUCAAAUACUCAUCCAUGAGGACGAUAAAGAUUUUCAGCGAAUCUUAUUUCGCACAUCGGCUGACUCUCCUGUCACCGAUUAUAAUCUUAAAACCGUAACGUUCGGGGUUAAUUGUGCACCAUACCUCGCUAUCCGUACCCUGCAUCAAUUAGCAGAUGAUACGAUAACGACAUUUCCCUUGGCUGCCACAAUACUUAAAACCGAAACGUAUGUGGAUGACAUCCUAUCCGGAAGUCAUGAUAUUGACAACGCCACUGAAUCACUUUUUCAAGUGAUCAAAGCGCUUAAGUCAGCUGGUUUCAUACUCAAGAAACUAACGGUCAAUCAUCCG